CAACGUACAUUUUUCUCUUUGAAGGUAAACAUGGCAGCCUUGGCUCCUCUAGCGAGAAUAACUAGAUGGGGUACCUCCAUCUGCAAGAGCCACCGUAUUAUUUUGAACAGAAGCUGUCCCACCAGAGGAAUAGCUUCAAGCAUAGACCCUUCUCAUGGACUUACAGAUGAACAGAAGGAGUUUCAGAAAGUCGCUUUUGACUUUGCAGCCAAUGAAAUGGCACCGCACAUGGCAGAAUGGGACCAAAAGGAAAUCUUUCCUGUGGAAACUUUGAGAAAAGCAGCCCAGUUGGGGUUUGGGGGCAUUUAUGUUCAGCCAGAUGUUGGGGGAUCAGGCCUUUCUCGGCUUGACACAUCUGUUAUUUUUGAGGCUUUAUCCACAGGAUGUGUCAGCACUACAGCUUACAUCAGUAUCCACAAUAUGUGUGCAUGGAUGAUAGACACUUUUGGUAACAACGAACAAAGAGACAAGUAUUGUCCUGACCUCUGUGCAAUGGAGAAAUUUGCUUCAUAUUGUCUCACUGAACCAGGCAGUGGCAGUGAUGCUGCGUCCCUCCUGACAACUGCACGGCGUAAUGGAGACCAUUACAUAUUGAAUGGGUCUAAGGCUUUCAUCAGUGGAGGUGGAGAUACCGAUGUCUAUGUCGUGAUGUGCAGGACAGGGGGCAAAGGGCCUAAAGGUAUUUCAUGUGUGGUGGUGGAAAAGGGAUCCCCAGGUCUCAGCUUUGGCAAAAAGGAAUCCAAGUUGGGCUGGAACUCGCAGCCAACCAGGGCAGUAAUAUUUGAGGAUUGUGCUGUACCUGUGUCCAACCGGCUCGGCGAAGAAGGGCAAGGCUUUAAUAUUGCCAUGAAAGGCUUGAAUGGAGGCAGGAUUAAUGUAGCAUCUUGUUCACUUGGAGCUGCACAUGCAUCAUUGUUGUUAGCAAGAGAGCACCUGUUAGUUCGCAAGCAGUUUGGAGAAACAUUGUCCAACAACCAGUAUCUUCAGUUCCGUCUAGCAGAAAUGGCUACAAAACUCGUAGCAUCUCGACUAAUGGUGCGAGAAGCAGCCAAAGCUCUUCAGGAGGGACGCUCUGAUGCAGUUUCUCUUUGUUCCAUGGCCAAACUUUUUGCUACAGAUGAAUGCUUUUCUAUCUGCAACCAGGCCCUUCAGAUGUAUGGUGGUUAUGGCUACCUUAAGGACUACCCCGUUCAGCAGUUUGUCCGUGACAUUAGAGCUCACCAGAUCCUGGAGGGUACAAAUGAAGUAAUGAGGAUGAUUAUUUCCAGAAAUUUAUUGUCAGAAUCUUGAUAGUGUUCUUCACCUUAACUUUCAGUACUAUAUUUCUUCGGUGAAGGUUUUCUGUCAAAUCAUGUUACUAUUACAUCCUUUUGGAAAAGCUGCUAAUGGAAACAGUUUCCUUUAAAAUGUUUAAAUGGAUGUUCACACUCCUCAAGUGUCCUUUACAAUGUUGUCAUGAUCACUGUAGUGUUACUGGUUAUACUUUUGUAGUGUCUUUUCUUAGAGAUGUUUAUGGGUUUUUAUGUAUUUUACUUUGUCACUGCAAAAAUAUAUUUAAAAAAGUA